CCCUUUACACUGAUUUAGAGUGCCAUUGCUGUUGCAGAGCUACACGCACAAUGAGGAGCUUCACCUUAAUAUCAGCGUUACUUCUCUGCAGCCUCAGCUGGAUCUCUGUCUCAGCUUCUGAGUCUCACACUGUGGACGUCCAGUCUGGUGGAGACGUCACUCUGAUGUGCUCCAACAUUUCUAAAACUCCAACUCAGACAGAAUGGUUCAGACUGAUCAACAGAAACAAGCCCAGUUGCGUCUCCUCUAUGUACGGGUCUGAUAGCGAAGCCUCGCUCUGUGAUGAAUUUCAAAACAGAUUUGAGAUGAGCUCCAAAAUCUCUACUGUCUUUCUUCAAAUCAAGAGAGUGGAUUUAUCUGACUCUGGACUGUAUUUCUGUGGAUUUUACAAAGACGGACAUACAGUAAUCGCCAAUGCAACAUAUCUAAAAGUUCAAGGUAACAGUGAAUCUGAUUUUGGAGUGGAUUCAAAGACUGAACAGGAGUCUGAUGGAAUGACAGACGUCAUGAGUGUGAUCCUGGGUGCUCUGACUGUUUCCCUCACUAUAGUCGUGAUUGUUCUGGCUGUUAAAAUCAGGAAACUCCAGACAGCUGUGAUUGAAGAACAGCAGCCAGAAAGAAACAAGGAUCUGGUCUCGGAUGAACUGAACUACGCAGCUCUUAAUUUCCAGGCGAAACCCAAAAGAAGCCGCAGGCCUGCAUCAGAGAGAGAGCUGGAGCCACAUGUUGUGUAUGCUGCCACCAGAUAGACUCAGGAAACAUCUGGAACUGCAGCUCAGAAUGACACUGAUGCUUAAUUAAAUGAAUCUGCUGAUGUGUUUUUGUGCGUAGAUAAUGAG